CACUUAACUUAAGCAAUUAGCUAAAUACCGGGCAGCCGAGGGCGGUGGCGAAUGCCGUGCCUGCCGUCGGGGUGUCGUCGCCGGGCGGCACCGCCUUCCCCCCGGGCGCUUCAUUACCGCCUGUCAGACGACAGCUCGCCUGCUUCGGUCGUCAUCCGUCGUUGUCUUUGCUGGGCAUUUGGCGGCUUUCGAGCACCGUGGAGGCACAGGGACCUGCUUAGGGAUUCGCAGCCUCUGACACCGUACACCCUCAUAAACAAAGGGGGAGCUCAUCUGCAAGGAUGUCAGGAGGGCUAUCACCCAGCAUCAAUAUUGCCGAGCCGCGAUGGGACCAGGGCACCUUUGCGGGCCGUGCCAAGCACUUCUUCAUGGUCACUGACCCCAGGAACGUCCUUAUGUCCAACCAGACCCUGGAGGAUGCGCGUGUCAUCGUGGAGGACUACAGAAAGGGGAUUGUAAAGCCGGGGCUGUCGGAGGACGAGCUCUGGAGGGCCAAGUACAUCUACGACUCCGCCUUCCACCCGGACACGGGCGAGAAGAUGGUGCUGAUCGGACGGAUGUCGGCACAGGUGCCUAUGAACAUGACCAUCACCGGCUGCAUGCUAACCUUCUACAGGACCACCCCAGCUGUGAUUUUCUGGCAGUGGGUCAACCAGUCCUUCAAUGCGGUGGUGAACUACACCAACCGCAGCGGGGACGCACCCAUCACCGUGAACCAGCUGGGUGUUGCCUACGUCUGUGCCACCUCUGGCGCCGUGGUCACUGCUCUGAGCCUCAAGUCUCUCGCCAAGAGCCUUCCGCCCAUAAUGGCUCGCUUCAUUCCCUUUGCUGCGGUGGCCGCCGCCAACUGCAUCAACAUCCCGUUCAUGAGACAGAGAGAACUAAAAUAUGGGAUCCCUGUGAUGGAUGAGGAUGGUCACCGACUUGGACAGUCCACCCAGGCAGCCAGACAGGCCAUUGUCCAGGUUGUGGUGUCCCGGAUCGGCAUGGCCAUGCCAGCCAUGGCAAUCCCUCCAAUCAUCAUGAACGUGCUGGAAAGGAAGGCCUUCAUGAAGCGGUAUCCCAUGCUCAACGCACCCGUUCAGGUCGGGCUGGUCGGGCUCUGCCUGGUGUUUGCCACCCCUCUGUGCUGCGCCCUGUUUCCACAGAAAAGCUCGAUGAAAGUGAGCAGCCUGGAGCCAGACUUGCAGGACAGCAUUCGGAACAGCAGCCCCCACACCCAUACGGUUUAUUUCAACAAGGGCCUGUAGGGGGCGCUGCUCCUACAGGGCAGGACCUGAGAGAGGGUUAGUAAGAAGGGUGCAGGGGUUCUGUAUGGGAAAUGUGGUGUUGUAUUAGAGUAUGUGGGGCAACUGACUGCCAGACGUGUCCUGCCACUGGGUGGAGCAGAGCUGCAGUGAAGAAAACGCAGGAGAGAUGAGAAAGAGAAACUGCAUUCCUACGCUUGUGACCCUUUGUUGUAAGGUCCAGUGUUGCUUUGAAGCUUAAAGCCAUCCUUUGUUUGGACUGAUAUCAUCCAGGGGUGAAAAGGAGCAGAGCGUGUAAUUCAAAGCCAUAACCGGCAUGAGGUCAUCCCAAAGUGGUGUAUUCCCUGCCUUACCUUUUUACUGAACACUUAACUGCACCAGCACUUAUGCAUCGGGUGUCUCGAUGGAGACAGUGGAGACAGUGCUGCUUAUGGACUAUGCUGUAUGACAUGUCAGACAGGGAGAAUAUGAGGGAUGUUUGAGUUAAUGCUAAUUCUUAUGAUGCUAAUGCUAAUUCUUAUGAUGCUAAUGCUCAUUCUUAUGAUGCUGAUGCUAAUUAUUUCGAUGCUAAUGCUAAUUAUUUCGAUGCUAAUGCUAAUUAUUUUGAUGCUAAUGCUAAUUAUUACGACAUUAAUGCUAAUUCUCACGAUUGUUAAUGCGAAUUCUUGCUUUCUGGGUGCUUUCUGCCUUACGCUUCUGCGACAUAGAGUCAUAGUCAGCACCCAUCCAAUCCUCAUACACUGCUGAUGUUUUCAGUAAAUGCACCCCCAGGAAAUCUGAACUAUGGUAUAAACAUUUCCUUCACCUGGGACUCACUAGCUAUUAGCAUUCCCUCCACAACCCCCCCGGUCCCACCCCGCCACUCCCCUUCCAGGCCUCAUGCCCCCUUGUCAAUCUCAAGGCAAAGAAACGUGUCAAACACACAGACCAGCCAUGAGUGGUUUGUAUUUACGUAGCUCCACAAAGACCACACACCUCUGUGUACUAACAGAUCAGCCAGGUCGUUUAAACAAUGUUACACACGCUCACUUGUUUUAACAUUGUUUGGUUGUCCUUUCAGAAGGUUUUAUGUCAUUUUCAAGAUGAAGUGAAUUAGAACAAAUGUGCUUUGUGACGGGAGUCCUUUCGGUGUUGGUGCUCUGACUCGGUGGAAAGACUCAAGCCAGGCUUAAAACCUGCAGCACUCGCUUAAUAAGCUGGUCCAUCAUUUAAUCAAGUAUUUGUGGAACUGAGUUCGAUGAGGUUAUUGUUGGCCACACUUAGUACCGUGAUGUGUUCAGUUUAGUGUAUAUCAUUGUGUCUGUUUACAAAAACCAACGUUUAAUCUAAAUAUACCAAACAGCAGGUUUGUUUUUCUAUCACAUAUACCUUCUAUAAAUUAUUCUACAGUACUGUGCAAUACCCUCCAAACAAAGUGAUGUAUCAAAGCAGUGAGUGUAUGUUUUUCCAAAAAAAAAAAAAAAAUAUAUAUAUAUAAUUGAACAUAUAGAAUGUAAAUGAACAGCAACACAAUAAAAAAAUGACAAGAAUUUUUUCCACUCUCCGGACAGUUACUGAUAUCUUUUUGGAGCAGUAUCUGAACACCGCUUUGGUUCCCAAACCUGCCCUCAGGGGCACCUCAGCCAGUCCGUGUAUCUGUCCAUUUUCACCAGCAGCGCACAUCAUUACCUUUUAAUUAUGUAAUUAGCUUCAUGAGGUGUGCGUUCACCGCGCAUGUUGCGGUUGGGUUUGUUUGGGUGGUAACUACGGAUGCUGCAGUGACCUGAGGGGAGGAUCAGCUGACUGGCGUUGAGAGACGAGCGUCAUUUAAGCGCAGCUUCCCUCGAGCUGCCAGCUCACACACCUGUCACCUGCUUCCCACUGUCCCAGUUUCUUCCUUCUUCAUAAAUUAAGGACGGUACGGUGGCUCAGUGGAUAGUGCUGUUACCUCACUAAUCCAAGGCAAUGGGUCAGCUCUCUGCCCACACGUGGCCAGGUCUCUCACCCUAGGUUAGGUUCCAGUCCCAUUUCCGCUGUGUGCCUGCGGAGUUUGCAUGUCCGCUCUGUGUCAUGUGGGUUUCCUUCUUAUGGACCAGUCACCUGUCUAGGGUGUACCCCAGCCUUAUGAUCUGUGCAGUAUGGGAUGGGUUCUAAGCCCACAAGAACAGAACAGAUGUCUAAAAAUGAAACCUUGCGGCCUGAGCCGUUACUCUCCUCCUCACCAUGAUGUCACGAUUGUGGUUAUGAGGCUUCCUGGGAGCCCGCAGGUUUGCUUACCACGCUUUGCGUCGAGGACAUAUUGAGGUGCACAGAUCUUGGUUAGAUCCGGAAUUUGGCUUAUUAAAAAGCUGAGGCCCUGCAGUGUCGGGACAGAGAUGGACCAGCACAGUGACAGACGCGGUACCUUCAGUAGACUCCUGUCCACACACAGAGCAGAGAUGGGUUUCUAACCUCCAACCCCAGAGGUGUGAGGGAGCUGUGCUACACACAUCCUGCCCGCAUCAUAGAGGAUUCCCCCCCUCAGUCUGAACACCUGCAGGCCUCUUAAUUGCUCAGUGCAUGAUUGUGUGUGGGCCAUGUGACAGGCUGGCAUCCUAUUCUGUACUGCCUGGAACAGGCCCCCCGUGCCCCUGUCGUAAAAUGGAAACAACACUCCCACCCUGAAAAUGUGAUAUUAAUUAAGUGGAGGUAGACCAUAAAGAGCUAGACUGUCUCCAGAAUAUGUCAUGUGAGCCAGAACUUUUCUUCACAUUGAAAGCAAAGGAAGCAUUUAGAUUAAUGUAUGUUUAUUUUCUGAAACUAUUGAAAUUUCUUUGACAUCUUUGCAUGUUUGGCUUACAGAGUAAUGCUUCUCCUUUGCUCCGAGCUGUUAGCUCCGCUAUUGUGUUAUAAAGAACAACGGCAUGCGAACGUAACAGAUGGUGGUUAGUCCUCACAUCCUGUUUAUCUGGUGCACCUGAUUUCUCAGAUGAAAAUCCGGGGGGUGGAGAAUGAUUGAGAUGUUACCUCUACCAUCUUAAAAACUUGAAAUACCAACAAUUUCUUAAAAAAAAAAACCUGUUCGCUAUUUUUAAUUGGCCCGAAAAGCAAAUUAAACAUGCCCUAUGGCUCUAAGAUAACAGGCUGAAGAGGUUCUAGCCCCCCUUGCCCAGAGCCCUCAAGGGCCCAAGUAUGGAGAAUCCUACCAGGAAGGAGAUGUCGCUCUGAGAUGACAAUCAGCUUCAUGUCCCACAUCACUGAUUCAUUCAAAUAAAAGCCUCACUUUC